AUGACACAAAGUUUAAUAACACCCGAGACUCGUAUCAAAGUUACUUCAGUUCUCAAUCGCGACACAGCGACUUUUGGCAAACAGCACCUGAUUGACGGCAGCGAAGAAACAUGUUGGAAUUCUGAACAGGUAAUAUACAGCCUUUCGAUCGUACAAUAUACAAUAAUCUCACACUUUGGAAGUGAGCCUGUCACGGUUGAAGCGAUCCUAUUCACGUUCCAGGGCGGAUUCGUAGGCAAAAAAUGUCUCGCACUUGCCAGUUUACCUGACACACCGAACGAUUACAGCAUCGAUCUUGGCGCCUUUUAUCCAGAGGAUAUCAACUCGACACAAAAGUUUCCCUUAAGCUCAGUCGAUAGCAAGAUCCAGCGACUCAAGAUCGUGUUUGAAGAAAGCACAGAUUUCUAUGGACGCAUCACGGUUUAUAAAAUGGAUAUUCUUGGUCAUCAUUAA